ACACAUAUUGUAUAUAACUUAAAUGUGGUUUUAGAUAUAAUAUUACUAAAUUUCACCAAAAAAUAUUAAGUGUUAAGAAAAUAUAAAGAUAAUUCCAUUGUGAACAUAAAAUAAACAAUAUAAUAAUAAGUUCUUACUUAUAUAAAAUAUGUAUACACAUAAAUUAUUAAUUUAUAUUUUUAAAGGGACUUUAUAUUUACAUAGGAUUUACUUAAAAAUUAUUAUAUUAUUAUUUUAUCGAUUUGUAUCAAAUUUUGAACCGACCCAAGUUGGGACCAGCAAAAUUUAUUAAUUUAUAGAGAUUAUUAAUUUAUCGAAUAUUAACUUAUAGAGGUUAUAUUGUAUAUAGCAACUAAUAUAUAUCAUAAUCAGGGUUGCCAACUAAUAUAUGAUCCAUUUGACCCUCGAUCAAGCAAAUUCUUAAAGUUGUUACUUUACAAAAAAAAUAUAUAUAUAUAUAUAUAUAUAAUAUCUUCAUUUUCCUAUAUUCAUUUUAUACAAUAAAUAUUAGUUUGUUCAAAAACUUCUAUUUUCUAUAUACACUCGGAUGAUCGGAUCACAUAAAGGAAAUAUUACUCAUUCUUAUUUAUCGAAAAUUCUAUAAUAACAGAUCGGUGGAUAAUAAUGAAGAUUAAUAUCAAAUCCAUUUCUAACGUUUUACAAAUAAUUUAUUUAAUUUUCUAUAAUAUUCAAAAUAUAUGAGAAGUCUUUUUAGCUUUUUAGAAAUAUUUUUAGAUUUUUUUGGGGGUUUUACCGGGUCAACACGUGUUGAAUCACAGGUUAAUGACGAGUUUUUCGGUUUUUACCAAGUUUUAUCGAGUUUUUAAUUAACGGAUUUGUUCAUUAAAUCUGAACCGGAUUAUAUACGAGUAAUCGGGUUUAUCGAUUUCACCGUAGAUUACCGGGUUUAUCGGUUCGACCGCGAGUUUGGGGUCAAAAAUUAACACUUAACAAAGCUAAAAAUUACACUUCUCAUGAUUAUUUUUCAUAUAUUUUAAAAUAUUGAAUAAGAAAUUAAUGUCUAAUCACAAAAUAUAGUUUUCUUCAAAAUCCAAAAAUUUAACACACAAAAAAUUAAAAUAAAUAAUGUACACAAGUUUAACAAGAAUGGAUAUCCAGUUUAUAAAUUAUUACAUUAUUAUUUCCAACCAAAAAAUAAUCCCGCGCUUUAAAAGCGCGGGUCAAAAUCUAGUUUAUUAUAUUAAAACAGAAGUACAAAAUAAUAAUUACCUAUUUAAAAUUAAUUUUUUACAUCUUAUUUUUUUUUAAUUUGAUCACUUCAUUUUUUAUCUUUUCCAAAUAAUUCGACAUCAUUUACUAUAAAAAUACAAAACUACAUAUUUUAAGUAUUUUAUUACAUUUUUACAUUUUUUUUAUUUUUCUAAACUAGUUCAUUAAUUAUAUUUAGCAUAAUAAUUCGACGUCAAUUUCACACUUAAUGAAAUUGUUCUAUUAAUGACAAGAUUUCAACUGGUUAACAAAUUUUUUUUCGUGUACAUAAUCAUUUAGAUAUAUGCAUUCAGAUAGAUACACGUUCGGAUACAUAUCAUAUUGAUUUUUUAGAUUUGAAAUUAAACUUCGUUCGCAUAUUUUAAAUAUCCAGAAGGGGUUCGAAUCAGAUUUUUCCGAGUCCGGUUAAAUUCGUAAGAACCUAAAAAUAUCUAAAUAACCGAUAUUUAUAUAUUUAAAAUGUCAUUAAACAAUUUGUAAAAAAAAUAAAUUAAUCCAGCACAGGCGUGCGAAUCACCUCUAGGCUCUAGUACAAAUUAAAGGGGAAAAUUGGAAAUUUGGAAUGGCCGUGAAGAUAUAUAUUAGGGUUUCGUUUUGUUUUGGUCAAAAGAUAGAAUCAUCGAACCAUGAAAAGAGCUAGGAGGAAGAAGACGAUCGAGAUCAAUCAGCAAUGUCUAACGAAGAAAGAAGAUGAAAACGAUCCGUUUUGGAUUAUUCCACUAGAUCUGAUCGUAGAGAUUCUCCUGAAAGUUCCGACCAAAUCUGUAGCCAGUCUUGUCUUCGUUUCAAAAAAAUGGUUAUCCUUAAUACGCAGCAAAGAUUUUAUCAACCUGUACCUGGCUCGAUCUUCACCACGGAUUCUUUUAGCAGUCUUCGGCACUAACGUGGAAGAGCAGUUCUUACAAACCUGCUCUCAGGUUGAUCCAUCUUCUGAUCGUCAUAGGUUAAACAUAACUCCACAUAAGGACCAUGUGGCUGCUUUUUCUCCACCAAUCCGCGGCUUGUUCUGCCGUCUAAUGGAUUUGAAAGUGAUAAUUUCAAACCCUAGCACGGGCCAGUUCUUAACGUUACCUAGAGUCAAAACUACAAGAAGAGGUAUAAUAUCCUUUUUUGGGUAUGAUCCAGUGAAUGAUGUAUACAAAGUGUUAUGCAUGACGAUACUACAAGGUCGUCAAAGACGUGGAUCAAAAGUUGUGUCGGAGGAGCAUCAAGUAUACACUCUAGGAGCCCAACGAAAAUGGAGAAUGAUUGAAUGUAAGCAUCCUCAUCUUCCUCAUCCUUGUGCUAUUACUAAAGGGAUAUGCAUAAAUGGGAUACUGUAUUAUUAUGCUUGGAUAAAAAACGAAGCAUCCUUGAUAAGCUUCGAUCUGAUAUCUGAAGAGUUUAAUGCCAUUAAGUUACCUGAGGAUAUCCCAUGUGUAGUGAACUACACUGGAAAGGUAGCUAUAACGAGUUGGCCUACCCGUAACGGUGAAGUUCACUUAUGGAUUCUAGAAGAUGCCAAUAAACAAGAAUGGUCAAAAGUUUCAAUUGUUGUUCCUUCUUGGGUAGAUUUAAUAGACAUUCAUCAUGGAUACAGAUUCAGGGGUACACUUAGUACUGGCGAGCUUAUAUUUUCACCUUGGACCCUUCCCAUUAACCCGUUAUAUUUCAUCAGUUACAAUCUCAAGGAAAACAUUGCCAAGAAAGUUGUGGUUGAAGAACUUGAAGAACCCGAUGCUUCUCGCGAAGUCUAUUUUGAUCAUGUAGAGAGUCCUAUGUUCUGUCAAAUGUAAGUUAAUCCUUUUGAUGUUGCCUUUCAUUUUGAUCAUGUGUUGGACUUGGCUGUUUUACAUUUGAUUUUCUUAUUUACUUUACAUUUGAAUAAAAACAAUAUUUUGUGCUUUUAUUUGGAGCUUUCGUUUCUUAAAGAAUGAGUUAAUUGAAUAUUUGAAAAUGAAACAGAAUGUUACAUGAAGAUGUCCGACUUGUAAAAGAGUUUUGUAAUUACAGUGGAAUGAUAGCUUUGACGAGUCAGUCCGAUAACAACUAACAAUUUAUAAUCAUUUUGGUGACCUUUAACCUUGCGUUGUUCCCAUUUGUUCUAACAUCUUUUUUUGGUCGAGCUGUUAAAAGUGAGGGUUUUAUUUGCAAAUCUCCUAACUCUCUACUUUUACAUUUUUUCAGUUAUUUAAUCACUAUAAACUCAAGAGUUGAUAACGGUUUGGGACACUUUUUUAUCUUUUUUAACACAUUCAGACACAACUUGCUGGAGGGACACUUUCUCUCAUGACACAUCACAUUAUAGACUAUACUGCCCCUCGCUGGCUGAACCGAACCAUCCUUAGAGUUUUAUUAAUUUUUAAUUCUGACUGGUUUGUGGGGACCAAACAUAAUAUAAAUUAGAUUCCUGGGGAGCCGUUGGAUGUCAAUAGAUCUAAGGGUGAUGAGCUUUUGUGUGUAAAAGAAGUAGAUUUUAAUAAUAAAUUCAUGGUUUCGCUGCUUUUUUGAAACUGGAACGAGCUACAGCUAGGAGGAGAAAGGUAAAAUUUUGUGGACGGGUUUUUGAAAGAACAUACUCAUUUUCAUCUAAAAUUUGAAAAUAAUGUAUCAUAUUUUUUUUUUAUGGACGAGUUCAUAUCAAACAUUUAAAGAGUUUUAUUAAUCCAUAUAUUUUUUUAGCUUUUUCUAAACCUACAAUUUAUAUGUAUGAAGUUUUUUUUGUGUACAAGGAGUUCGAUCCAAAAAAAAGUAUUGUGGACAAGGUUCCAUGGACAAGUACAUUUACUCGUGGACGGAAAAAUACAUGUUUGAUUUGUGGAUACAAUAGAAAAUACAACUACAAACACAGUGGAGUCGCUAGAACUUGAAGAUUAUCCAAAAAUUGUACCUUUCGAAGCAUUUAAAUGGUUUUGGGGAGUUCACUUUUCAAUAUCCUUAUUCCUAGAGAGUGCUUUCAAAGCAUUUGAAGAUAAAGAGCAGAGGGAGUUCACGUCUUCGUGUUCGAAAGAGCAGAGCCUUCUAAGUUCACUCGGGUUUGGAUGAAAGGAGCCAUGUCCGUCUAGACACCAAGACAACUCCAGCCACCAGUAACCACCGCCCAUGUUCUCUUCAGAACAGAAAAAGUCGUUCCACCGCUCUAACCUCCAAACAAAAACCCAGAAAAGAUGAAAAAAUGUUCAGACCAAAAUUUUAAUCUUUUAGUUCUAAACCUAAAAUUCUCCGACGAAGACUCAAACUUUGACCCUUUAAACAGCAAGCGUACUUUGCAUCUGAACAACCUUUAUCUACCUAGGUUGUUGAAUUUUAGAAUGACCCAAAAAAAAAACAAAUUAAUCGAUUAAAUGUUUAUUGACAGAGUAAAAAUGUGGACAUGGAUGUAUAUAAAACGUGGACAUGGACACAAUUGAUCAAACCAAAAUGUGGACAUGUAUAUAAAACGUGGACAUGGACAAAACCUCCUGCUGCGAUUUGCGAGGGGUUGGUUCCUCAGAAGUCUUGGAUUUAUUCUCUUUCUUAUUUGGCUUCAAUUUCGUCAUGGUUUGUUUGAAGAUAUCAAAAGGGUUUUCUGAGAAUUAUCGGGAAGCGGAGAAAGAUGGGUAGAAAGUUGGAGAGGGAAUCAUGGAAACAAAACAAGCAUAAAAAAAUAUGGGUUCAUGGUGUGAUUCAACGAACGAUGAAGGAAGAAUGGAAGAGAUUCGAAAUUAGGGUUGGGAAUUUGGGAAAGGGAAAGUAGAUCUGAGUUUUGAAAUCAGGAAUGGAGAGAGAAUAUGUGACUCGUGACUUUUCAAUAAUAAGAAAUAGUCUUUUCUCUUUAAUUAAUUAGAUGAGAUAGUUGGUCUAAUUUGAGGGCAUGAAGGACAAUACACAUCCAUAAAGUGCCUGACCAGCAGAAUGUGUCUAUAUGUGUAAUUCAUAAGUCAUAAUGUGUCUUAGAAUGUAAAAAUUUCUAAACUCAAUUACAUACUGCCACUAAAGAUGGCUUCAGAAUUUCCAUUCACAUAAUAAGCAAGGGGUAUUUUCCUGUUAAAUUUUCAAAUAUGAUGUUUUAUUUACAGAUCUAUUAAAUAUUAACACAUCAGGAAUUGGUAUUGAGUUCAAAGUUAUAUGUACGUUUGGUAGUCUAAUGGUAAAAGAAGAAUUUGGGAUAAGACAUACAUUCGUUGGUUGUAGAUAAUUCAUUUCUAUUAGAAACUAAAUUAUCAUUUGAUUAACUAUCUAUAAUAAUAAAGUUGAAGAGAAACUCUCCACAAGCAGCCACCUCAGCACUUGCUAUUCCAAAAUUUGACACGUGUCACUCUUUUAAUUAAGCUGUUAGAAAACAUUCACGGUGCCUCUUCGGAUCUCAUGAACUCUGAUCAAUGCAAGUUUAAUUGCUUCAGUUUUUGUCUCUGUUCUACAUUAAUCAAGCCAUUAACAUCGCUCCCACCACUCAUCCCACUCAUCCCACUCUCUCCCAUCAUAUAUAUCCAAGAAUAAAACUCUAUGACUCUCCAUCAUAUGGCUUAUCUCCUUCUAAACGUUCCUUUCAUUUUGAAUCCCUCUUCUAUCGAAACACUUUCCUAUGUUUGUGUUCAAAUCCACGAUGGGAGGCGAAUGGUAUUCUUUGAAGCUUAUUCAGAUGAUAAAGCUUAUGCUACAGCUCUUCAGGAAGUUGAAGAAAUGGCUGAUGGUAUGUCUUCAUGAUAGUAUAGAUAAAAUUAACUGACAACAAUACAUAUAUACUAAUAUAUUUGAUUUUCUGCAAAACUCUUAAACAUACAACAUUUUAUACAAUAGUAAGUAUUUAUGUACCUUCUAAAACAAAACAAAACAUUGAAACUAUUAGCCUUAGUUAAAAUAUAUUGUAACUAUCACAUUUUAAAUAAAAAUAUGUAGCUACAAUUUGAAACAAAUAUAGUUAAAGAAAAAAUUGAAAAAAUCACUAAAAUACAAAAUAAUAUAAAUAUAAACAAAAAAACACUAAUCCUUAGUGUUCAAAAACACAAAGAAAUAACAGAUAUAAAACCCAUAUUUGAAUAUAUAUGUGUGUAAACAUAUCCAGAAAAAAAAAUCAAAUUACUAAUUUAUAGUAAUAAAUGAGAAUUCUAUUCACUUUUCUUUUUAUCACGUCAGCUUGGUACUAAGCGCAGCAUAUCAUUUUUCUUUUUUUUUCUUCUAAUUUUUCACUUUCAGCACAAAUGGACAAGUAUAAUGUGUUCAAAUAUAUUUUUGGGCUUUAUUACAAAUUAAUGUUCUCCAUAACCGUUGUUUUCUAACUAUCAACUCAUUUGCCUCUACUGUUGUAACUGGUGGUAAAAAUAUUAUGGUCGGUCAGUUCAUUUUCACUAAUUAAAAUGGACAGUAUGAUAAGAAUGUUUGACAGAAAAUCAAAACCAAAAAACUUUGAUAUAGCAAUGAUAGUAAUACAAUUCGCUUUCAAAAAAUGAUAGUAAAACAAUUUAAG